CGUGGCCCGCGUGAAGUGGGCGUGGUCUCUCUCCACUAGACUCUUUAUUGUCUUCCAUUCUGGCCGCACACACUGUUCAGCAGAGCUCAGGUACAGCUCCGUCCUGGGACUGCACUCUCCUGUUAUAACUCCUGGAGGAUUGGGAAGAGGUUGAAGGAAACAUGGUGAACCAAAGAGCAGACAUAGGCUGGCAGUCCUCUAAGAGCGACUCCAGCGGGGUCAGUAACAGCGGAGAGAGCUCCAAAGAGAGCUCCAGGUGCUCGACCCCGGUACUGGACGCCGACCGCACCGACCGGCUGCGGGACAAGAUGAAGCGGCGGAUUGAGUCUGGGGACCGCUGGUUCUCCCUCGAGUUCUUCCCACCUCGCACAGCGCCUGGAGCCGUCAAUCUUAUCUCUAGAUUUGACCGGAUGGGUUCUGGAGGUCCUCUCUUCAUCGACGUCACUUGGCAUCCGGCUGGAGAUCCGGGCUCCGAUAAAGAAACGUCCUCCAUGAUGAUAGCAAGCACAGCGGUCAAUUACUGCGGCCUGGAGAGCGUCCUGCACUUGACAUGCUGCAAUCAGACAAAGGAGAAAAUAACAGCCCAUUUAAAUAAAGCCAAGCGGCUCGGCCUGAAGAAUAUCAUGGCCUUGAGAGGAGAUCCUAUUGGGAAAGAUUGGGUGGAGGAAGAUGGUGGUUUUAACUAUGCUACAGAUCUGGUCAAGCACAUUCGCUGUGAAUUCGAUGACUACUUUGAUAUCUGUGUUGCAGGUUACCCCACGGGCCACCCAGAGGCGGAGAGCUACGAAGAUGACCUCAGGCACCUGAAGGAGAAGGUUGAUGCUGGUGCGCACUUCAUCAUCACCCAGCUCUUCUUCAGGGCAGAAACCUUCCUCAAAUUUGUCAAAGACUGUCGGGCUAUUGGCAUCACCUGCCCAAUUCUCCCGGGAAUCUUCCCUAUUCAGUUUGAAUCUCCGUUGUUUGCGCAGGGAUAUCACUCACUCCGUCAGCUGGUCAAACUCUCCAAACUGGAAGUGCCGGAGGAGAUCAUGCAGGUGAUUGAGCCCAUUAAGGAUAAUGACGCUGCCAUUCGCAACUACGGCAUCCAGCAGGCGGUGGAGAUGUGUAAGGUUCUUCUGGCCAGCGGAGAGGUCCCGGGCCUGCACUUUUACACGCUCAACAGAGAGGUGGCCACCAUGGAAGUGCUCAGACAGCUGGGCUUAUGGGCAGAGGAUCCCCGGCGACCUCUGCCCUGGGCUGUCAGCGCUCAUCCGAAGCGUAAGGUAGAAGACGUCAGGCCGAUCUUCUGGGCUUCCCGACCCAAAAGCUACAUCUACAGAACGCAAGACUGGGAUGACUUUCCCAACGGAAGAUGGGGUAACUCCUCGUCUCCAGCCUUCGGCGAGCUGACAGACUACUAUCUGUUCUACCUGAAGAGUAAAUCUCCCAAAGAGGCCCUCCUGCAGAUGUGGGGUGAGGAACUAAUGAACGAGGAGAGUGUUUAUGAAGUCUUCACCAACUACAUCACCAGCCAAACCAACCGCAAUGGACACAAGGUCAUGUGUCUGCCGUGGAACGACGAUCCUCUGGCUCCGGAGACAAACCUGCUGAAGGAUGAGUUGGAGAAGGUGAACCGCAGAGGGGUUCUGACCAUCAACUCUCAACCCAACAUUAACGGCAAACCCUCAUCCGACCCCAUUGUGGGCUGGGGCCCUGCAGGGGGAUACGUCUUUCAAAAGGCUUACCUGGAGUUUUUCACGUCCAGCGAAAAUGUUACUGCACUUCUGCAAGUGCUGAAGAAAUAUGAACCUCGUGUGAACUACCAUAUAGUCAACGUUCAGGGCAGGAAUACUACAAAUGCCCAUGAUAUGCAGCCCAAUGCUGUGACAUGGGGCAUAUUCCCCGGCAGAGAGAUCAUUCAGCCCACCGUCGUGGACCCAGUCAGCUUUAUGUACUGGAAGGACGAGGCGUUCGCGCUGUGGAUUGAACAGUGGGCGAAGCUGUACGAGGACGAGUCGCCAUCGCGCAUGAUCAUUCAGUACAUCCACGACAACUACUUCCUCGUCAACCUGGUGGACAACGACUUCCCGCUCGACAGCUGCCUGUGGCAGGUGAUCGAAGACAUGUUCACGCUCCUGGACUCCCCUCCAGAAACUCAAGAGGACUGAAGUGAAUCUUAGCCUCACAGAACUCGCAAAGUUUGCCUGCGCUGCUAUUACGACGUCUGGACACACGCACAUACUGAGUACUUUACUGUAACGACUUAUUUUUCAGUUUCAGUUUUGGGUGCAAUUUUCUUAUAUUUUUAUCCUUAAUUUUUAACUAUUUAUAGACUGUAUUUCGGAUAUUGCAUAUGUUCAAUAUAUGAUCAAAGCAAGGAACUCAUGUACAGUAAGCAGGUCAAACGUGUGGACACAAAAUACAGUAUAUGGCAACUGUAUUUCAUUCAGACUUUAUAGGUGAAUCCUAUAAAAACGUCACAUCCUAUGUCAAACAAGUCAUAUUUUCCUCCAAAAUCAAGAAAAAAAAAAAAUUGUUUAAAGGUAUAGUUCACCCAGAAAUUAAAAUGUUCAUUGUUCCAACCCAUAUGCCUUAUCUUUAUUUUUAAUGUUCUCUCAUUUUUGUCAAACUAUUGAAAUUCCAUGCAACCAAAAUUUUAAUCUUCCAAAAGUACAUGAAGACAUUGUAACAAAAAAAGUGCAAUGCAAGUCUUCUGCGGUAUGAUGAACAGAUUUAAUUUCUGCUUUUUUAAUGUAAUUUACACUGAUGUAUGCACAUAAACAAGUAGGUAAACAGAAGCUCAAACAUGCAUGUUUAAUGUGCUGAAACAUGCAUGAUUAAAUUGCUUGAUUCAUGAAGAUUUUUAAUGUACUUUUUGAAGUUUGAAAGGUUUGCAUGCAUCGACAUUCAACUGAUGCACAAGAAUGCACAAAAUGCACAAGUUUUAUGGAUUUGAAACAAUAUGAGGCGAGUUAAUGCUGCCGAUUCAUUUUUGGGUGAACUGUCCCUUUAACGAUUUUAAAACAUUUCCCAUUUUUCUGACAAUUAAGAAAAUUUUCACUCUAAAUUCUCAUUAUCUUAAUGCAUCUCUGUGUUUUACUUCUGAUGAUUAUUACGGUGUGUUAUUACUGUAAAAAUACAUAAAUACUACCGUAAGUAAAUAAUUUACAAUUUAAAUUUUUUUCAUGUUACAGUAAUGUGAAUUGGGAGUGAAAGUGUUUAUAUAUAAUGAAAAAAAAAAUCAUCCUAAACCCAGAGAGGUUUGUGAGAUGUCAUCUUAUAGUUUUCUACAGUCACGUGUGAAUUGAUACUUGAGGAGGAAUUGGUUUAUAGCGGUAAUGAAUUGUGAUUACAGUUGUAAUCAGUGGCAAAGUGGUGAAACAUUUGAAUAUUUUUUUUUUUUUUUAAGUGGUCUGACCAUUUUUGUUCUGCUGGCAAUGGAAAGCUGAAUAAACAUGCGCUCAUCCCCCUGAGCUAACAUG